GCUUUGGCUUCCGUAAGUCGAAACGCCGCCGCGGCAGGCGCUCGCUGUCCUCUGCGCCUGCGUUGUGGCGGCGGCCUGUCUGUGUCGACGAAGGGAGCGCAUGAGCGGCAGGUGGCUGAGCUGGAAGGGUCUCCUCUCCUCUAAGGGGGUCGUAGCAAAGGGAGGAUGGCUGGCGGCCUGCGCUCCCUCGCGACGCUGGCGGGAGUCGAGAGCAGCGAGAGCGACGAUGAUGGCUGGGAAAUUGGGUUCGUGCCGGAAGCGCUGCCGCAGAAGCAGCAUUUGGAUGAUCCUCAAGGUGACAAAGAUGAGGCUUUUAAAAAAGCAUUAACUAAUGGAAACUUGCUUAUUGUUGAAGAACUGCUGAACUCGGGUGUAAGUGUAGAAACUAUGUUUAAGUUUGGAUGGACUGCCCUGAUGUAUGCUGCAAGUGUUGUGAAUGUGGAACUCAUGCGUAUCCUUUUGGACAGAGGUGCAAAUGCAAGCUUUGACAAAGACCAGUAUACGGUGUUAAUGGCUGCGUGUACUGCCCAUGCUUCAGAAGAGCAGAUUUUGAAGAGUGUAGAAUUGCUCCUCUCAAGGAACGCUAAUCCUAAUGCUGCAUGCAAGAAAAAAAUGACUCCACUGAUGUAUGCAGCCCGUGAAGGCCACCCUCAGCUUGUUUCUGUUCUUGCUGCUCAUGGCUCACAGAUAAACGUCCAGGAUGAAAACGGUUACACUGCAUUAACAUGGGCAGCUCGCCAAGGACACAAAAAAGUAGUUUUCAAGUUGCUUGAACUUGGAGCUGAUAAAUCAAUACAGACAAAAGAUGGACAGACACCAGGAGAGAUUGCAAAGAACAACAAGCAUCCAGAGCUUUUUAGCUUACUUUCUUUGACUGCAACUCCUUUCCAAAGAAGGUUCCAGAGCCUGACUAAAGAAGAAGCUUUGCAUACACUUUUGAAAACAGUCCCUGAUGCAGUUACGGGCCAUAAAAUCAGUUCUUAUGCAGCCUUUGGUGACCUGGAAGUGUUUUUACAUGGACUUGAACUAGAACACAUAACAGAACUGCUAAAGGAGAGAGAGAUAGCAUUAAGACAGCUUUUCACCAUGGAGAAAGAAGAUUUUAUACAGAUUGGGAUUAAGAAUACGAGAGAUCAACAGAAAAUCCUAGAUGCUGUUAAAGAACUACAGGUAGAAGAAAUAAAAUUGGAUGAGUUGUCUGGCGUGGUGAGCUUAGAACUCAGUGGUGAUGAGUUUUUUUCUUUUCUCGUGAAAUUAAACAGACAGUGUAUUCAUCUUACAACUUCUGUGCAGAGUGUGGUUAAUCAGUUCCCUACAGAUUCUCACAAGUUAGUUCUUGAAUGGAGUCCACCUCAAAGCCUCAUUAAAGUCUGUGAAGACCUUGUUUCCAGUGCUGAAGACCUGAGUGGAGAAGUUAACAAAUUAAGAAAGCUCAUGCAAAAGCUGCAUGAAGGACAGAAGGAAGAUCCUUGCCGAAUACAGCCGUGGAAAAAGAAAGGCAAAUGGAUGAAGAUUUUUUUUAAAAUAGCUGCCGUCACCUUGGCUGGAUCUGGAUGUGCCUUCCUUAUCAGCAUGUUCAGUUCAAGGAAGAAUGUCACUUGAAACUAACUUGUAACAUUUAAAGGCUCUUUGUUUUUGUAAAAGUACAACUUAAAUUUGCAGUACAAAAAUGGUUGGUUCAAUAGUCUAAAUUUUGUAGAGGAGUGAAAAAAUUAAGCUCAAUCCGGUGAAAUAAGUGUUUCAGUAUCUUACAGGUUUUUUUUAUAAAAUGUCUAUAUUCUAUUACAUUUUGAUAGAGUGAAUGCAUCUGCUGUAGUAAAUUACAUUUUAUAUUUGUUAUGGAAAAUAAAUGUUAGUUAUUACA